AUGACCUGGACAGCUGCAGGGAACAGUUAUGCCAACAGGUUUGUUUGCUACGUUCAGGAUACCUUUAACUGGUUUCAGGCUCAGACAUAUUGUCGAACCAAUCACACAGAUUUAGCCACCACGACCACCACCAAUGACCUCACCCUUGCGAUACAAUGCGUACAACAAACUACCUGGACAGGUGUUUGGUUUGGUCUAACAAGAGAAACUUGGAAGUGGUCAGAUGGAAAUGUUCCUUCAUACCUCCCAUGGGCAGUUAACCAACCAGAUAAUAAUAAUCCCUUGGAGAAUUGUGGAAUUGCACAAAACGGACUCCUCGCUAAUACUAUAUGUUCAGGCGCACACUAUUUUGUCUGUUCUGCUUAUCUACAUAGGACACAAGUACUGAAACUGCAAGUGAUGUCGGAUGUGAGUGUGCUUGACCCUGCUGUGCAGUCGACUAUUUUAGACUUGAUCAUCCAGAAACUGCAGGAAAAUGGCAUGUCGGUGAACACCACAGUAACCUGGAAGGUGCAGCCAGGCGGACGCAUCUUUUACAAGAAGAGAAAUAAGCUGCAAAUGCCCCAGGUUUAAACAUUCGACUAAUGCAUACUGUGUAAUGUCUUAAAUAUAUACCUGUGAUAAUGAUUUAUUUAGAUAGAUGCAAGAAAAACAAAUAGAAUGACAUAUAAAUGAGGAAAUACAAACAGAUGACAAUAUAAGAUGUGAUAACGUAUAAUAUUUUUAUUUGAGUGAUAGAGAAGAAAUAUUUUUGAGAGUAGAGG